GCCCUUGAUGGCUUGCCAAAACUCAGUAAGCGGCCCUCCGCCCAAAAUAAUUGCCCACUCCUGGGAUAGUACCUGGGCUCAAUUUCUCACUGGGCUGCUGGGUGACUGGGCAAGUCACUUCCCUCUCUUCGUACCUCAGCUCCUCCAUCCAUGAAAUGGAGAAAGGUUGACACUAGCCUCUUUUGGCAACCACCGAGACAUACAGAUGGGGAUGGUUCUGUAAGCACUAAGUGUUACUAUGACAGAAGUAACCCACAGACACCCCUGCCUGUAUCAGAACCAUUAAAACAUGGGGGGAAGGAACCUCGAGAGGUCAUUUCUAGCCCAGCCCCCUGCUCAAGGCAGGAUUGUCCCAGUCUAAAUCAUCCCAGACCCAUGGUCAUCAAACACGCACUUAGCUCCCAGUGACGGAGACCUCCCCUCUCCUCCCUCUCCAAGUAGCCUGUUCCAGUGCUCAACCAGCCAUGUAGAUCUUAUAAAGACUUUUCUAACUAACAAGUCUCCAGAUUACAAUGGAAGCCGGUUACCCCCAUGUCCACUAGGAAGAGGACAAGACCAGACCCUCCAAAUUCACUUGAAUCUGAUCUUGAAAAAUUUGCCCACUCCACUAUAAAUCCACAGCGGGGGCAAAUAUAUGGGUUACAUUAAGAGUUACAAAGUCUGUAACUGCAAGGUGUAAAAAUCCCUUACCCCAAAUCCCCACAAACAGGUCCCUGGAGAUUAUCCCAUCACUGCCCUGGUGCGACUGCCCAGGGCUGCGGGCAGGUUAAGCAACUGCCCAUUUUGGGUACUCGCCUCCCAUGGCAGUCCUCCCCUUUGACUCAUGAAAUACAAGGUUGCAUCAUAAUAGGGGCUUUGCAUUUUGAUGUCCCAAUCCAGCUGCCCCCUUAAUCAAGGGACUUUGUCUAGGCUGGAAAAUAAUCUAGGAUUCAGGGCUGCAACCGAUGCAGGCCUGGAUCAGGAGAAGAAGCAAAGCACAGAGAUGUCAUAUCAAAGCAUCUACAUGAUGACCUGAGAGAAUGAGUGGUCCAAAAUUACAAGAGGAGAUGGAGGAGUUUUUACUCUCCAAUGGCUACCAGCUGGGAAAGACCAUUGGGGAGGGGACAUACUCAAAGGUGAAAGAGGCCUUCUCAAGAAAGCACCAGCAGAAAGUGGCAGUUAAAAUUAUUGAUAAAAAGGAAGGUCCAGAAGAGUUUAUCCAGAGAUUCCUGCCUCGAGAGCUCCAGAUUGUCAAACGCUUGGAUCACAAGAACAUCAUCCGCGUGUACGAAAUGCUGGAGUCCGACAGGAAGAUCUACUUGGUGAUGGAGCUAGCAGAGGACGGGGACGUCUUUGACUGUGUCCUGCACGAAGGCCCAUUGCCCGAGAGCCGCACCAAGGCGCUCUUCCACCAGCUGGUGGAGGCAAUCCGUUACUGCCACGCGUGCGGUGUCGCGCACCGGGACCUCAAGUGCGAGAAUGCCUUGCUGCAAGGCUUCAACUUAAAGCUGACAGAUUUUGGGUUUGCCAAGCAGCUCCCCAAGAAUCGGAAGGAACUGAGCCAGACGUUCUGUGGCAGCACUGCCUAUGCAGCGCCCGAAGUGCUCCAGGGGGUGCCUCAUGACAGCCGUAAGGGGGACAUCUGGAGCAUGGGUGUCAUCCUUUACGUCAUGCUGUGCGCUGGCCUUCCCUUUGAUGACACCGACAUCCCCAAGAUGCUGUGUCACCAGCAGAAAGGCAUCUCCAUUCCUGGGCACUUGGACAUCUCAGAGGAAUGUCAGGAUCUCUUGAAAAGCCUCUUGGAGCCAGACAUGAUACUGAGACCUUCCAUUGAAGAAGUCAGUUGGCACCCAUGGCUGGUGAGCUCUUAAUAACUCUCUCCCCAAAUAAAGGGGACAGAUGGCUUCCAAAAUGCUGACAUAUUUUAAUGGUAAGCUAGGUUUCCAGUCUAUCCUCACCUCCCCCUCCACAACCCCAUGCCCCAGACACAGGAUGGCUGGCCUCCAGAGGCAGAGAGGGAGAGUGGAGGGGCUGUUCCAUUUCUCAGACCUCUCUCUCAUCACAUUUCAUUCAAAACAAAACCACGUGGCCUGAAACCCCUUCAUGCCAUUUGCUUUGUAGCUAGAAACAAGAGCAUGUGAACCCAAGCGCCCUCAGUUCUCUCCCCAAGCACCUCACUGAAGCAAGGAGGCACAAGGCAACAUCUGCCCACCUCCCCAAGACCAUUUCUAGUGAUAGUCUCCAAGAAACAACCCACUGGACAGGACAAGAGCAAACACUGAGGCAAGACCAGUAGCACUGGCUGUCCCAUGGGGUAGUAGGUGCACAGUAGAUCUCUGGGCCAAGCAGAUAUUUAUGUCCUUUCAUCCUAAUGGUCUUUCCUAUGUCUUUUGAGUAAGGCAAGCUGCAAAAUGCCACAUUUCUUUUAGAAAGGACAGGUUGUAACCAAAACCUGGACUGAAUGCACUCAAACCUGGAAGCUAAAAACAGUCCCUGGUCUGGCUAGUCCUUGGAUAGGAGACUACCUGGGGAUGCUGUAGGCAGUUGCUGCUAACCAAGUGGACAGUACGGCUCCCCUUCAUCUACGUUUAUACCUGGAUUAGGAUGAAAUCACUCAGCUGGGGCUCCACCAAGCCCACCUGCUUUGGAGGGGUUGGCCCUCUAGAUAAUAAAUAAGACACCCAACACAAGACAGCCAAUUCUGUAGAAUUCCUUUAAUCGCUGUUAACUGCAAGUCUGUAAAAGGUUCAGGAGAAAGUUAUCAUUACAAAACUAACAGCUGUUAGGAUCUCUUUUGCCCCAGCUAGAAAAUGCUCCUGGGAGAUGCAAUAUAAUUUAAAAGAGAGAAUAUUGCACAAACAACCAAACGGUUAAUUAACUAAAGAAAGAAUUACGAAGAGAAAUGAAAGCAUUGCCCCUUCUCCCAGCUCCAACCAUGGGGCACAAGGUUCCAGCUGGGCACCUCAGUUUUAAAAUUAGACUCGAGCAUAUACACAGGAAUCUCCCCAGAGCACAGCACUAUGCGCAGUUUAUGUGGUUCUCAGAUAUUUCUAGAUGGCUACUGGCCUCCUGGCUAGAGGCCCUGCUACAGAACCCCUCCAGCCACAAUGGUGGACCUACCGGCAAUAGGAAUAUUUCCUGACUUA